AUGGUCAAGAAGAAUACAUCGGAUAGCAGAAUGAGCGAAGUAAAAGUAGCAGAUCCAGAUCAGUUAGUCGACUCAAAUCAAAUAGAAAAAGUUAGUACGAUUGGAGUGUUUGAUUCAGAAGGAUCUGAAAGACCAUUUGGAGGAUUAAUUAGACAUGGAACUAAACUCGUAAUCUUCAUAAGACAUUUCAAUUGUGGGUUUUGUCAAGAUUAUCUUAUCGCAAUUAAAGAUAGGAUCAGUAAAGAAAAAUUGGGAGAUCGAGACAUCAUCGUCAUAGGAUGUGGCCAUUGGUCGGUUAUAAAACCUUACAAAGAAUUGUUGGAUUAUCCAUUUGAAAUAUAUUCAGAUAAUACUCGUCAAUUAUUUGAUGAAUUAGGUAUGAUUUGUAGUUUAUCUGCAGGUGAUGAAAAACUUCAUGGCCAUUAUACUCAUGGAGUACUUCCAACUGUGCUAAACAGUAUAGCAAAUGGUUGGAAAAUGGGGAUUAAAACUUUUGUCCAAAGUGGUAAGAUUUCUCAAUUAGGUGGUGAAUUUAUUUUCACAGAUAAUGAAUGUAAAUUUGCACACAGGAUGCAAAAUACAAGAGAUCAUGUAGAACCAGAAGAUUUAGAGAAAUUAAUCUUCCAAUUUUGA